AUGAAGGAAAAUUAUGAGGAUGAUGGGGAAAGAGUAUUUCAAAUGAUGUACAAGUGUAACAGACCCACAUCCAAGUCUGAGGUGGUGGCAUACUUCAAGGGAGAGAUAGGAGGAACAGGAAUACAGGAAAUCCUAGACGAUCUGGAGCAGGAGGGAAGACUGGUAACAAAGACUUAUGGAAAGUCAAAAAUAUAUCUUGUCAACCAAGAUCUAUUUCAGAAUGAAGAGGAUGUUAAAUUAAGUGCCGAGCUCCAAGAAUAUGAAGAGAAAAAAAAGUUGCUUGAAGACGAAACCAAUGCGAUCAAUAUGGAGAUCCGGAUGCUUGAUAAGAUGCUGUCCAUUGAACAGCUGGAGGAAAGUAUCGGGCUUCUGGAUAGGGCAGUUGGAGACAACUCUGAAAGACUUGAGAACUUCAGAAACGGAGAGAGGAAGGUAUCCAAGAAAGAUAUGGAAAGCGCCCGAAAGAGUUAUGAAAAAGCACAGUCCGGGCUCAAGAAGAUCAGAAGGAUAUUCAAUGAAGUUGUUGAAAGGCUUUCCGAGGGGAUGGAUAUGAAGAAGUCCGAGGUAUAUGAAGAAAUUGGGAUUGAGGUCUGA